UACAAGGGUUAACUUGACUUGGGCGGUCGGUAGCUACGUCUACCUUGUAAGGCAUAGCGCUCUCUAUUGCUGCCUCCAAGGCUUACGCGCCCCGUGACGAACCUCAAUGCACGGAAUUUCUCUUGGCCUUCUGGCCGGUCCCGGGCGUGGCGUGUUCGGUGACCCGCCUUCGGCGACUGCUCGUCCUGUCCUGAGCAACGUCUUGUCCACGCCUGGGUCUGGCUCUGGGUUCGCGGCGUUGCGGUUGUCUCUGUUCCGCUACUCCACCGCCCCUCUGCCCGCCAUUCCACGCAUCGUGCUGGAUGCCUCCGCUUCCAGCUCCUACCUGCUGGGCAGCCUGCCCGCCGUGGCUGCUGUGCAGGCGCACGCGCAUGCUCCGUCUACCCGCCGGGCACGCGAGGCUGCCAUGCUUGAGUUCGAGGGCUGGCUGCUGGGGCGCGCAUCCGGCGUGUCUGCCCACUCCUGCACCCCCGAGCACGUGCUGAUCUACAUGGAGCGGCACUGGGUUUCUACACAUCGUGGGCGCGCUGCUGGCGGGCGCCCCAGCCCCAGCUCGGUGCUCACCCAUCUUUCCCUGCUCUCCGGUGGCUUCGAGCUGUACGGUCGCAAGGGGCCCUGGACCGAGGAUACGCCUCGCGGCAACCCUUGCGAGUCUACGGAUGUCCGCCUGUACCGUCGUGGGUACGGGCGUCAGGCCGGCGCCGGCGGGUACCAGGAGCGCUCCGCCCGGCCUCUGUCGUAUGACAAGUUCGCCCAGCUGUGCCGCUAUCUGCUCAACGCCGCCCCCUCCACCGCCGGGAUCGAGGAGGCGUGCCUGUACCGCGACCUGCUGUGCUACCAGUUCAUGUGGCACACCACCACGCGCGGCCACGACUGCGGGCGGCUGCGUCUGAGCGAUCUUCGUGACCCGGCCAAUUCCUCCUCCGCCUACUCCAGGUAUCCCCUUCCCCUCCCCCUUCUGGGGACGCCCCUCACCGCCUUCCCCACCCUCGUGGUGAGCCAGCUCGGGACCAAGACCUACCAGGGGCGUCGCGCCCCCGCCCGCGACCUGGCCCCCGCGCCCGUCACCUCCCAGUGUUUCGUGCGCUGCCUGGCGGUGUACUUGAAGCUGUGCUCUGAGGGCGGCUGGGCGGUGGGUGACUGGCUGUUCCGGCCCCUGCGGGCUGACCGGCGCGGUUUUGAGGAACGGGCUAUGAGCACGUCCGACCUCAAUUACCGCCUCCGCCGCCAUUUGGAGCAAGCGGGUCUGGGGGAGGGCGAGACCUGCCACAGCUUCCGCCGCGGCUCCUUGCAGCACGCCAGAGCCACCGGCGCUGGCCUGGACGCCCUGCUGCAGCUGGCUCAGAUGCGGAGCGUGGGCACGCUGCGGCGGUACCUGGACCCCGACCGCCACCUGGAGCCCUCCGCAGUUGAGGCUGAGUAGUCCGUUGCUGGCGGUCGUAUGUAUGCUGUUUCGUUGCUAGGGUUGGUGUGUGAUGGGGCCUUGUGUUCCUAGUGCUGCUGUGUGUAUUGUGUGUUCCGGGUUCUCCUCUUCGCGACGGGUGGGUGUGGUGGGAUCGUCGCGAAACUAGUCGUCCUUUCCGCGCAGUCUGAUAGACUGCUCCCAGUGUGGGUGGAAGGGUAACUGUGUGGAGGGAUUCCGCGUACUUCCGCGAGGGUCGCGGGUGGUACGGAUGCGAUGGGGCCGGGCGAAUGGGGCCGAGCAGGCGAGCACUUCAAUAAGUCUCAUUGGUGAAGUGCCAAGAGUGUCUUCCGUACAAGGGUUAACUUGACUUGGGCGGUCGGUAGCUACGUCUACCUUGUAAGGCAUAGCGCUC